GUCAGAGUGUGUACUGCCCAGCCAAGAUGGCUGACAGCAUCCCGUUAAAUCCGGUGCGGAAGAACUCGAAGAGGAUCCCAUAUUACAACUCAGCCAGACUUUCAAGACUUGGACGAGGAUGAACUUAUAAAGCCUUCAUUUUCAGGAAUGGAAAGGAAGUGAACUAGUCCCAUGAACAGAUACUCAAUAGAAGAUGAGCCCUCGAAUCUGGAUGAGAUGCCUCUGAUGAUGUCGGAGGAGGGCUUCGAGAAUGACGAGAGCGACUACCAGACGCUGCCUCGGGCCCGAGUCAACCAGAGACAAAGAGGCCUGGGCUGGUUUCUGUGUGGAGGAUGGAAAGUCCUCUGUGGCAGCUGCUGUGACUGCCUUGUCUACAUGUGUCGGAGGAAGAAGGAGCUGAAGGCCAGGACGGUGUGGCUCGGCUGUCCGGAGAAAUGUGAAGAGAAGUACCCCAAAAACGCCAUCAAGAACCAGAAGUACAACAUCUUCACCUUUGUGCCUGGGGUUCUCUACCAGCAGUUCAAGUUCUUCCUCAAUCUCUACUUCCUGGUGGUGGCCUGUUCCCAGUUUGUGCCAUCACUGAAGAUCGGAUAUUUGUACACAUACUGGGCACCUCUGGGUUUCGUGUUAGCCGUCACGAUGGUGCGAGAAGCUGUGGAUGAAGUGCGACGGUACCAGCGGGACAAAGACAUGAACUCUCAACUCUACAGCAAGCUCACAGUGCGAGGCAAAGUCCAAGUGAAGAGUUCAGAUAUACAAGUUGGGGACAUGAUCAUCGUGGAUAAGAAUCAAAGGAUUCCUGCAGACAUGAUAUUCCUGAGGACAUCAGAGAAAACAGGUUCAUGUUUCAUCAGAACAGAUCAGCUGGAUGGAGAAACAGACUGGAAACUGAAGGUUGCCGUGGGCUGCACACAGCGACUACCAGCGGUUGGGGAUCUCUUCUCCAUCAGCGCCUACGUCUACGCCCAGAAGCCUCAGCUGGACAUCCACAGCUUUGAGGGGAACUUCACCAGGGAGGACACAGAUCCACAGAUCCACGAGAGUCUCAGUAUUGAGAACACUCUUUGGGCCAGCACAGUGGUUGCAUCUGGCACGGUGAUCGGGGUGGUGAUCUACACCGGCAAAGAGACCAGAAGUGUACUGAACACGUCCUUUGCAAAGAACAAGGUUGGCUUACUCGACCUGGAGCUGAACCGCCUCACCAAGGCCCUGUUCCUGGCCCAGGUGGUUCUGUCUAUUGUCAUGGUAGCGCUGCAGGGGUUUGUGGGUCCUUGGUUCCGCAACCUUUUCCGAUUUGUGGUGCUUUUCUCGUACAUCAUCCCUAUCAGUCUGCGUGUAAACCUGGACAUGGGGAAGUCAGCUUACGGUUGGAUGAUCAUGAAGGAUGAAAACAUCCCUGGCACCGUGGUGAGGACCAGCACCAUCCCAGAAGAACUGGGCCGGCUCGUCUACCUGUUGACCGACAAGACUGGAACUCUGACUCAGAAUGAAAUGGUCUUCAAGCGGCUGCACCUGGGAACCGUAUCUUACGGCACCGACACCAUGGACGAGAUCCAGAGCCACAUAAUCCAGUCAUACGCACAGGGGACCUCGCAGCCCUCCAGCAGCACCAGCGGCUCCACUCCCUCCAGAAAGACCCAGUCGUCGGCCCCCAAAGUCCGCAAGAGCGUGAGCAGUCGCAUCCACGAGGCGGUGAAGGCCAUCGCUUUGUGCCACAACGUCACCCCCGUCUACGAGACCCACGCCGGCGUCAACGGAGAGACGGAGUCCGCAGAAGCCGACCAGGACUUCAGUGAUGACAACCGCACAUACCAGGCAUCCAGUCCUGACGAGGUGGAGCUGGUGCGUUGGACGCAGAGCGUCGGUCUGACCCUGGUGAACAGAGACCUGACCUCCCUACAGCUGAAGACUCCCUCUGGACAGAUUCUCUCCUUCCACAUCCUGCAGAUCUUCCCCUUCACCUCGGAGAGCAAGAGGAUGGGCAUCAUCGUCAGGGAGGAGUCAACAGGAGACAUCACAUUCUACAUGAAGGGGGCUGAUGUUGCGAUGGCGAGCAUCGUCCAGUAUAACGACUGGUUGGAAGAAGAGUGUGGAAACAUGGCCAGAGAAGGACUGAGGACGCUGGUAGUGGCCAAGAAGUCUCUGUCUGAGGAGCAGUAUCAGGACUUUGAGAGCCGCUACAACCAGGCCAAGCUGAGCAUCCACGACCGGGCUCUGAAGGUUGCAGCAGUAGUGGAGAGCCUGGAGAGAGAGAUGGAGCUUCUGUGUUUGACCGGUGUGGAGGAUCAGCUGCAAGCGGACGUGAGGCCAACACUGGAGCUGCUCAGAAACGCUGGCAUCAAGAUCUGGAUGCUGACAGGAGACAAGCUUGAGACGGCCACAUGCAUCGCCAAAAGCUCCCACUUAGUCUCAAGAAACCAGGACAUCCACGUCUUCAAACCCGUCUCAAGCAGAGGAGAGGCCCAUCUGGAGCUGAACGCCUUCAGAAGGAAGCAUGACUGUGCUCUGGUCAUCUCUGGAGACUCCUUAGAGGUGUGUUUGCGGUAUUACGAGCACGAGUUUGUGGAGCUGGCGUGUCAGUGUCCAGCGGUGGUCUGCUGUCGUUGCUCCCCGACUCAGAAGGCCCAGAUCGUCACGCUCCUGCAGCAGCACACAGCCAACAGAACAUGCGCCAUAGGUGAUGGAGGAAACGAUGUCAGUAUGAUCCAGGCUGCAGACUGUGGGAUUGGAAUUGAAGGAAAGGAAGGGAAGCAGGCGUCUCUGGCUGCAGACUUCUCCAUCACUCAGUUUAAGCACAUCGGCCGCCUGCUCAUGGUUCACGGCAGGAACAGCUACAAGCGCUCUGCGGCGUUGGGUCAGUUUGUCAUGCACAGAGGAAUGAUCAUCUCCACCAUGCAGGCGGUCUUCUCCUCGGUCUUCUACUUUGCCUCUGUGCCGUUGUACCAGGGUUUCCUCAUGGUCGGGUAUGCCACCAUGUACACCAUGUUUCCUGUGUUCUCUUUGGUUCUGGAUCAAGAUGUGAAGCCUGAGAUGGCUCUGCUCUACCCUGAGCUUUACAAAGACCUCACCAAGGGACGAUCAUUGUCCUUCAAGACCUUCCUCAUCUGGGUUCUGAUCAGUGUGUAUCAAGGUGGUAUCCUCAUGUACGGCGCUCUGGUGCUGUUCGAGUCGGAGUUCGUGCACGUGGUCGCCAUCUCCUUCACAGCGCUCAUCCUGACCGAGCUCUUGAUGGUGGCGCUCACCAUCCGGACGUGGCACUGGCUCAUGGUGGUCGCAGAGUUCUUCAGCCUGGGUUGUUACCUGGCCUCGCUCGCCUUCCUCAACGAGUACUUUGACUUGUCCUUCAUCACGACUUGGCCUUUCCUGUGGAAGGUGUCGGCCAUCACGUUGGUCAGCUGUCUUCCUCUCUACAUAAUCAAAUACCUGAAGCGCAAGUUCUCACCUCCAAGCUACUCCAAACUCUCCUCAUGAGCCCAACCUCGGAUUGAACUUGCUUUGUUUUUGUAGUUUCCUGCUUCUCUGAGCUUUUUUCUAUCUGCAGCACUUUUUUUACCGACCUGUGGAGAGGUCAACGAACCACUGGAACAAUCAAAAAAAAAGGAGAUAAAAAUGUAAAAAAACUGAACCUUGAUUAUGACACUGAGACUUGGGAUAACUUGAAAAAACAGCGCACAUAAAACAAGACUAUAAAAGGAUGUAUCUAGUCACACAAGAAGGGGAGAGAGUGGCGCUGAUGGCGGCACUUAGAGGGUGUGAAAGAAACACUGGACCCCGUUUUGCUGGAAAAGGGUCAAUCUGCCUUCAUUUGUUUUAAAGAAAUCAGCUUCAUAUGUCAUUUUAUACUCUUCUGACGCAUUACUUUCAAUGUUAAACUUUUAUAUGUGGACUUUUUUUAAGUGUUCUUUUUUUAUUCUGGAUAUUAACUACGGCUGCUGCUCUGCGUCUGUGAACAGUGUUGAUUUUAAAGGGGGAAAAAACAAUCCAUGUUUUAAUGUUGUCCUUUGUAACUGUACAUGCAGCCUUUACCUGCAGCUUGGGUUCAUACUGCUGUCACCGUGUUGAAAUGUGCAUUACAGAAACAUUUAUCCUGACAGUCACAUAGAAAAUGCUGGAACAUGCUUCAAUGUGUGCAUUUGAUGCUUCACAUUAAUAAGACAAUGAACAAUCAUCACUAUGUUAUCUCUGUAUUAUAAAACCAGCACUCCAUAUCAACAUUAUUCACCCUCUCGUCAGCGUGUUUGGCCUUGAUUUCUCUGCAUAAUUUUAUGAUGUCUAUCCGCAGCUGUCCGGACAUGGCGGCUCAGUUUGUGCCUCAUUAUGAUGUAUUUUAGCAGCAUCUCACAUUACUGGAUGUGAAACAAUCAGAGGUUUUUUUUUGUUCCCUCGGCUGCCAGAUCUAAACUUUUCAGCUCUUUAAUGCUGCUGUUCUUUUUCUAAAAGCAUUUCUCUGAUGGUAAAAGUUGUUUAAAAGUCACAAGAAGGACCCUGAAUCCCUGUCUGCUGUAUUUUUAGGCCUUUAUUGACAAUAUGACUCCCCUGGCUGUCCAUGUGACUUGAGCCUGUAGCAGUAGGUCGGUAAGGUAGGUGGGUAGGUAGGUAGACGUUGACUUUGCGCUCUUAUUUUGAAGGAGGAAUGAGUUUUAUCAUUCACUCUGUGUACUCUAUGUAUCAAGCACAGUGUUAAAGAAUCAAGAGAGGGUUAAAUGAUUUUUAAAAUAUAUAAUAAAGGAAACGGGAAGUAGUUCAGCUGUGUGGUGGUUAGGUUGCCGUUUUUUGCUGAGUCUUAAUUGAGUCAAACUCAGGUUGAUCAUUCCUAAACAGAGUUAGUUUGGAUGUUGGAACCUGUGCUGUAAAAUGUAGCUGCAAUCUAUGAAAGUGAAACACUUGGAUGUGGUGAUUAGAGAAAAGAGUGGCUUUGAUAUUUUGAUGCAAAUUGCAUUUAGGGUUUAAAUUUUCAGAUUUAAAUGAAGAGCAAUUCCAGAUGUUGUUUCCUGUUGUUGUUCUAUGUGUGUUUUGUUGUUCAAAUUUUUCCUCCUUGUAAACAUGCUUUCCAUGUCCUACGCUGGGAUUUCUAACAAUGUCUGUUAUUUAUAAUAUU